AUGUCCCGCUCGGUGACCUUCAGCUCCCGCUCGGCCGCCGGGCCCGCGCUCAGCCAGGUGCGGGUCAGCUCCGUGUCCUCCGGCCGCAGCUCCGGGCUCGGCCGCGCCGGCGGCUUCGGCAGCGCCAGCCUCUACAGCCUGGGCUCGGCCGGCAAGAGGGUCAGCCUGGCCGGGGGCAGCUCCUUCAGCGUCCGCUCGGGCUACGGCUAUGGGGGAGCCGCCUUGGGCAGCCUCAGCCCCGGCGGCAUCCAGGAGGUCACCGUCAACCAGAGCCUCCUGACGCCCCUCAACCUGGAGAUCGACCCCACUAUCCAGAGGGUCCGCAAGGAGGAGAAGGAGCAGAUCAAGACCCUCAACAACAAAUUCGCCUCCUUCAUUGACAAGGUGCGGUUCCUGGAGCAGCAGAACAAGAUGCUGGAGACCAAGUGGAGCCUGCUGCAGGAGCAGAAGACGACACGCAGCAACAUCGCUCCCAUGUUCGAGACCUACAUCAGCAACCUGCGGCGGCAGCUGGACGGGCUCCUGGCCGACAAGGGGCGCCUCGAGGGAGAGCUCAAGAACAUGCAGGACCUCGUGGAGGACUUCAAGACCAAAUAUGAAGAUGAGAUCAACAAGCGCACGGCGGCCGAGAACGAGUUUGUGGUGCUCAAGAAGGAUGUGGAUGCUGCCUACAUGAACAAAGUGGAGCUGGAGGCCAAGGUGGAUGCUCUGACAGAUGAGAUCAACUUCCUGAGGGCUUUCCACGAGGCGGAGCUGAACGAGCUGCAGGCCCAGAUCUCGGACACCUCGGUGAUUCUGUCCAUGGACAACAGCCGGAACCUGGACCUGGACAGCAUCAUCGCCGAGGUGAAGGCGCAGUACGAGGAGAUCGCCAACCGGAGCCGCGCCGAGGCCGAGUCCUGGUACCAGAGCAAGUAUGAGGCGCUGCAGGUGACAGCUGGGAAACACGGGGAUGACCUGAGGAACACCAAGAAUGAGAUCACAGAGAUCAACAGGGCCAUCCAGAGGAUCCAGGGCGAGAUCGAGAAUGCCAAGGCCCAGCGAGCCAAGCUGGAGGCGGCCGUGGCCGAGGCUGAGGAGCGCGGGGAGAUGGCCCUCAAGGACGCCAGGGCCAAGCUGGCCGAGCUGGAGGAUGCCCUGCAGAAAGCCAAGGCUGACAUGGCCCGGCAGCUCCGCGAGUACCAGGAGCUCAUGAACGUCAAGCUGGCCCUGGACAUCGAGAUUGCGACCUACAGGAAGCUGCUGGAGGGCGAGGAGAGCAGGUUGGCCGGCGAUGGAGUUGGCAAUGUCAACAUCUCCGUGGUCAGCUCCAGCGGUGGCGGUGGAUAUUCCAGCUCCAGCGGGCUCCUGGCAGCAGGGAUCGGAGGCCUCAGCCUGGGAUCAGGAAUGGGCAGCGGAGCCCUCGGCUUCUCCUCCGGGGGCUCCUCCAAGUCCUACACCAUCACCACCACCUCGUCCACCCGGAGAAGCGUCAGGAAGUAACUCCAAGAAUGGAGCUCGGCAUUCCCAGCACCUGAGGGAAACCGUGGAAAGAAAAGCCUUGGAGCCUUUUGCAGGACGAAUUGGCUGCAAAACGCCUGCAGUGCUGAGGCCCAGCCCAUGCCCUGCCGGGGCUUGAUCCUGCACCCUUGGAGUUCAGCCAUUCCUCUGGGAGCAGGAUCAAGCCUGAGGGGUGAAAUUUACCCCGGGAUGCAGGUGGGGUAUCUCUGCUGUUACCCUUGUGCUUGGUACCCCCUGCUCCGAGCUGGGUUUCACCCUUGGAAAGC